UCAGAAUAUUGGGUGUCGCAUAAAUGUUACCACUGCAAGUACUGCAACAUUUAUAUAGCAGAUGGUGUUCCAUCUACGCAGCACGACGAGGAUGGCAUGCGUCACAAAGGUAAUUUCGAUCGCAUCGUGCGCGGGCUGUACAAGGUUCACGAGAAAGCCGUGAAGGAUAGGGACGACUCGGAGGAGAAGCGUGAGAUGGAAAGAAUUACCGAAGUGCAUCAAUUUUUACUGGACUUGGGGAAUUCGCAUGGUACUCCUGCUGCAACACCAGCGCCGAAGAAACCUCCGGCUAAACCAACCAAUCCGUAUACCAAAUACUCGACGGCUGCAUCGCUGGGA